UGACCAUGUCCGGGAUCUGUUCUCUACUGGCGGUGCUCUGCACUUUAGUGACGGUCCUUGGUGGCUCGGUGCUGGGUGAUGCGAAAGCCCGGAGCUGUACUGAGGUGAGGCAGGCUUACAGUGCGAAAGGAUUCAGCCUCAGCAACAUCCCCUACCAAGAGAUAUCGGGGGAACAUCUGCGAAUAUGUUCAAAAGGUUUCACAUGCUGCACCUCAGAGAUGGAGGAUAAGCUGAGCCAGCAAAGCAAAUUGGAGUUUGAAAACAUGGUAGAAGAAACCAGUCACGUUCUGCGUACAACAUUUGUUUCCAGGCAUAAGAAAUUUGAUGAAUUCUUCAGAGAACUGUUGGAAAAUUCUGAGAAGUCACUAAACGACAUGUUUAUCCGGACGUAUGGCCAAUUGUACAUGCAAAACUCGGAAGUGUUCCAGGAUCUCUUCGCAGAGCUGAAACGCUACUACACAGGUGGCAAUGUGAACCUGGAAGAGAUGCUUAACGAUUUCUGGGCCCGUCUACUGGAACGCAUGUUCCAGCUGGUAAACCCCCAGUACCAGUUCACUGAGGAUUACCUUGAAUGCAUCAGCAAAUACACUGACCAGCUCCAACCAUUUGGAGACGUGCCUCGCAAGCUGAAGAUACAAGUUACAAGGGCUUUUGUUGCAGCUCGGGCCUUUGUGCAAGGUCUGACCGUUGGCAGGGAAGUUGCCAACAGAGUAGCAAAGGUCAUUCCAACCCUUGGAUGUAUCCGCGCACUAAUGAAGAUGAUGUAUUGUCCCUACUGCCAUGGUCUCCCCACUGUGAAAGCCUGCAACAACUACUGUCUGAAUGUAAUGAAGGGCUGCCUGGCCAAUCAGGCUGAUUUGGACACAGAGUGGAAUCUUUUUAUUGAUGCUAUGCUCUUGGUAGCGGAAAGGUUGGAAGGACCUUUCAACAUUGAAGCCGUCCUGGAUCCAAUUGAUUUGAAGAUUUCUGAUGCCAUCAUGAAUAUGCAAGAUCACAGCUUGCAAGUGUCAGCUAAGGUUGCUGAUGUUAAGGAGAAACUGAAGUUGGCUAAGAAGUUCUGGUCCACAUUACCUUACACCAUCUGUAAUGAAGAUAAAGUGACUGCUGGUGUACCUGAUGAAGAGGACUGCUGGAAUGGACAUACCAAGGGCAGGUACUUGCCUGAAAUUAUGAAUGAUGGUCUGACCAAUCAGAACAACAACCCAGAAGUAGAUGUGGACAUCACGAGACCAGAUACAAUGAUACGUCAGCAGAUCAUGGCACUCAGAGUGAUGACCAAUAAACUGAAGAAUGCUUAUAAUGGAAAUGAUGUAAACUUCCAAGAUUCAAUUGAUGAAACUAGUGGUUCUGGGAGUGGGAGCGGUUGCACGGAUGAAAUGUGUUCUCCAGAGUCUGAUAUUUCAAUAACUGAGGCUCCACCAGGACCCAACAAGAGUGAACCAAAAGAUUCUUCUGUCAGACCCUGCCUGCACUGGCUGGUCAUACUUGUCACCUCUGUACUCCUGAUACUGCAAAGACAGUGGAGAUAAUCAGUGAUGUACAACAGAGACACUGCUUUUUAAUCAAGGACAAACUCUCUUUUCCUUUUGGAUACAUCUUCAAACACACAAUUCCAUCUUGGAAACAGUAACAGUUUUAAAGCAGAAGAGGUAUUGAAGCCUAUUGCCUUUACCCAAAGACCAUUCAGGUACAGUAAAUCAGUGCCAGGCUUCUUUAGAUUCACCAGACAUCAGAAGAAAAGAAAAGUUCUCUGAUGAUCUUUCACCUGCCGUUGGCUUUGUUUUCAGAAACAAGACAACAUCCUCUCUGCUUAUUUUAUGCAGCUAAAACAAGAAAAAACAGGAUUUGUUAAA